UUUUACACGCAGAAUCGCUAAUUAAGAAACUAUGUUGCGUGCAAUUUGGCAGAAAUAUAAAGCAAUAGGUCAGUUUUCGAAUCACAAUGUUAGAAUCAGGUUUGAAAUGAAAUUUACUUAAAUAUUAUAUUUUAAAAAAAUUAGUUUGAAAUACGUAAUUUUAAUGUGUAGUUUGGAAAGCCAUCAAUAGAUGGCGCUACGAGUUAAAAUUUAACAUUGUAAUCUUAUUUCUGCAAAAAUUCACGAAGUAAUUGAUUUUGAUAUCAGUUAUAAAUCAUAUUUUUUUCUAAAUAAUAUUUAGAAGCGUUUCAUAUAUUCCUUUAUACACAGUUUUCACUAAACAUUGUCAGCUGUCAGCAGAAUGACGUUUACGGCAACCCUAUUGCAUUGCUAUUCCGCACUCGUUUUGUUUACAUUUAUUUGUACUGUGGUCAGUUUGCAAAAAAUAUGCGAAAAUAUCAAGGACGACCGAAAAAAACAUCCUGGUUUUAAUAAAAGAUCCAGAAUUCAGCGUAAACGUCGAGCUCAAGAAAAAAAUAUGAAAUUAAAUUCCCGAGAUGUGGAAGAUUCCGAACAAGCGGAUGUUUUCGAAAGGUCAGAAAUUAUUGAUACAACUGCAUCUGUGUCAAAGGAGAAUCAUUGCCCGGAUGAUUUUUUUACAAAGUCCGGAAGUGAAAAAUUUGACUUUUCUACGCCAGAAGUUACAGCUAAUGUUCCUAAGACAAACCAGGCUUUCCUGAGUUCUGAUCUGGACAUUUCAGUUAUUGACUCUGACGUAGAAGGUAGAAAUACAAGCUCUCUUUUGGGCUUGGAGUCUGAGCCUCUUCAGGAGAACCUUAAUGAUGAAUUUCUGUGUCCUGAUUCACCUUUAAUUAUCGAAAGGGAAGAUCGACGAAAGGCAAAUCCAUUACCAUCUGGCAGAACAAUUUGCAAUAUGUCUUUUGUAAUAGUGCAGGCUAGGACAUUAGAGCAACAUUCCCUAAAUUGUAAAUUUGGAGGAUCAUUUAUUUUUAAAAAAACAAAGUGA